AUGAUCCGCAACACUCUCGUUCUUGCUGCACUCGCAGUCACUGCCAUUGCUGGACCUUGCAAACCCACCAGUUCUUCCACUGAGCUUCUGUCGACCACCAUCGGGUCGACCGAGACGUCCUACGUCGAGACUUCCGUCACCGAAGCGACAUCCUCUUCUGAGAGCACAAGCGUAGCCUCUUCCAUCGCCAGCUCGGAUGCGACCACUACAGCCGAAACCACCACGACCUCAGGCUCCGCCUCAACCACAGCUCCACCGGAUGAUAGCUGUGCCCAAAGCCUUGCCUUAAACAAUGGCGAGCCUCAGCUCACAGAUAAAAUUGCAGACUGUCAGGAUCUCAAUGUAGUCACAGUCAGCUCAUAUGAAGUGACUCAGACAGUGUAUAAGCGCGGGAAUGUUAUAAUUAUCCCUACAAAUGCGAUUGCCCGUCGUGCCGAGGGCGAGGCCGCAACAACUAUCUUUCCUUCUGGAGUCCCAGCUUAUGCUACAUACUGCGAUAGCCCAUCAGCGUACUAUGAGGCUUGCUCUGAGCUUGGUGUCACUGCCUUCACAACUACAAUUCCGGAGCCCACGACUACUGAAGUUAUCAUUACUAAUUAA